AUGGACCAAUAAAAUAAAAACAAUCAAAGCAAAAAUGACAAAAAUGAAUAAUAACCAAAACAAAAGGAUGAGCCUAUCAAGCCUCAAAAACGUGAAAGAAUGGUAAUGAAGAUGCAAACUGGUAUAGACGGUAUGAACUUUGAGGGAAUGGCUGAAGAAUCUGAAUUAAGGGAUAAAGUAUCAAAGGCCGUUCAGCAAGUUCUUCAAUCAUCGUGAGAAAUGAAUUAUAAUAAUAUUUUACAUAUAGAAAAAUUUAAAUCACAUAA